GCGACGGGCAACUCGAAAUUGACGGUUUUCCCUGCUUCUGGCCAGUGGUUGAGACCGAGAUGGCGCCGCCCCCGUCCCCGCCGGUGCGACGCACGCGCGCCAAGUCCUCGUCCGCGUCGUCGGACCUCAUGGAAGACUCUGCACCGCCGGCUGCCGGCACGACGACCAAGAAGCGCAAGCUGAGCGAUGCGCCCAAGCGCCGUGGCCGCAAGGCCAAGGGCAAGCGCAAGCACUCGGACGAAGACGACGACGACGAUGACGACGAUGAUGACGACGAGGUCGAUGAGGCCGACCUCUGCGAGCUCUGCCGCGUCAAUGAGAACGACGAACUGAGCUUGAUCUGCGACGCCUGCGACAAAGUGUACCACACAUACUGCCUCGUGCCACCGCUCAAGGCCAUUCCAGCCGGCGACUGGGUCUGUCCCAAGUGCGUCGCCGAGAAGGAGGCUGAGAAAGCUCCGACAUCGGCGUCGCCUGCGCGGCAAACGCCGCCCCAACACAUGCCGUCAUUCCAGCACCCGCGCACGAGCCUUCCGGUGCCGCCGUCGUUUCACAUGCAAUCCUCGUACCACCCACCGCAUCGGAUGACGCCGCCGCAGCACAUAGCGCCCAACCAACCUCCUCCAGGGUACCCCCACAGCUCGCCCGCGACAGGUCUGCAUCAUCCGUUGCGCCCGUCGCCGCACUUGCGCCAGCUACCGAUGCCAUCGUACCACAACGUGCCGCCACCGAUAGCAGUGCACCGUCCGCUGCCAUCGCAGCAACAGCAACAACAACAGCAGCAGCAACAACAACAGCAGCAGCAACAACAGCAGCAACAGCAGCAGCAACAGCAGCAGCAACAGCAGCAGCAGCACCUUGCGUACCCGCACCACCACCAGGCCUACCCCCCGGACGCGUCGAGCGGUCCCUUGCCUGUGGCGCCAUUUCCGAGCAAGGGGCGCGACGUGCAAGACCUCUCGGAGCAGAACGAGCUCUUGCGCCGCGAGAACCAAAAGCUCAUCGAGUGGGUCGAUCGCCUCACGCGCCGCGUCGACGAGCUCAGCGCGGUCGAAGAGACGCUGCGGGCGACCCAGUACAAGUACCGCAAGAUGGAGUCGCAGCUGCUAGAUUUACAGGCGCAGCUGGCCAUGGCGCCCAACAGUGUCGGGCCCAAGAGCGGUCCGGGCUACGCGCGCACGACUCUGCCGUACCACCACCCUGUGCCCGAGUACCGGUCCGACUUCAACCCGAACGCACCGCGGUACGGCGCACCGCAAGAGCUCCCGCGGCCAGCGUACGCGCCGCCGCCGCAAGCUGAAGAACCGCCGGCACCGCCCGCGCGGCCGGCCAAGACGUCGUCGGGGCGGUACUUUCCCAAGGGGUAUGGACAACCGUACGAGGCCCCGACGCCGGCACCGGCACCGCCCGCCACGUCGCACGCGUCGACGUACGCACAGCAUGCGGCGUCGAAUCGGCAUCCGGGGCUUCACGUGAUGCCGUUGCCGCCACCCCCGGGGCGAGGGCCCAACCCCAACGCCGGUGCCAGUGCGCCCACAAGUGCACCGACCGCGGUCACCAACACCUACCGCGGUGGCGCGCCGUUCGAGUUUCCCAAGCCGAGCGCGAUGGGCUUUGGGUCGCAGCGGUCGCCCGCGGGUCGCGCGACCGGUCCGUCGCCACGCAACAGUGCGACGCUCGCGCCGUUGGCCAAGCGUCCGCUGCUGCAAGAGAAGAGCAGCAGCAACAACACGCCGACGUCGACCGGGCUCAAGGGCCCGAUGCCCGUGACGACGCCACCACGCGCGUCGUACCGCGCCGGUGCGCAUCCGACCAAAGAGCGGAGUCUGUCGAACGAAGACGACGAGGACAAGGGGGCGCACCGACCGACGACGACGACGACGACGGACGCCGGUACCAACGACAAUGAUGAGGUGCCGAUGCACAAGAAGCAGAAGCGGCUCUCGCCGUGGGAAGAGGCCGCCGUGCACCAAGCGGCCAUGUACCGUCGCGCGCAAGAGGCCGAGACGGACGCGGCCGACGUACUCAAGUCGAUUCGCCAGUCGGACCGCCCGCGGUUGUCGCCGCAUGCAGCCCACAAGUCGUCGGAUGGGACGGACAAGAUUGGGGUCUAUACGCCGCGGAGCCGCCGCCUCCUCCUCGAGCGCUACCACCUCAAGCGCACAAAGCGUCUCACGCGCCACAAGUGGUUCAAGUACCCGGUCCGGAAGACGCUCGCAGACUCGCGGCCCCGGGUGAAGGGCCGCUUUGUCAAGAACGACGAGCACGAUGGCAGUCCGUCGUCGGCGCACUUUGACGACGACAAGCCGCCGAUCGCUGUGCCCAACGACUUUGACUAUAUCCAGGCGUUUGCAGCUUGUGUCAAGGACACACAAACCUCGGUCGAAGACGUGGUCGCCGACAUUGUCGCCGCCAAGCAGCGCCAGGGCGAGCUCAUCUCGUGGGACUCGUGGACGGUCGAGCUCGAGCAUGCACUGAUCGCGCUCCUCCCAAAAGACUAUGCGAGCUCACCGUUCCCGGCCAUCUUUGCCGAGCUCGUCUACAUCCUCGGCGACGCCGAAGAGGAGUGCAACCAGGCCAACUACUGCAAGGCGCUGCAGGCCGCUGCGAUCUACGUGGCGAUUUGCCUCUCGCUCUUUACGAGUCUGGACCCGCCGUCGUCGUAUGCCGGUGACGCCGACCUCUCGCCGAUCGUGCGCUACUACCUCGCGUCGAUCGAAGAGAUGUACCGCAGUGCGCCGCGCGUCGAGCGCCGCCACACGUUUGCACUCAUGAAGGCGAUUGUCGAUGGCAUCGCCGGCGUCAUCUGCACGGGCUUUGAGCACGGGAAGCGGUACCUCCGCCCUGUCUCGAUCCCUGCGAUCCUCGCCGCCGCGCCGCCCAGUACCAGUAGUAGAAGUCCCGACGACGACGAGUCGGCGUUGUAACAGUACCACCAACCCAGUCAUUUUUCAACCA